UAUUUCAAAAUAAUUUGAAAAAAAAAAAACAAAAAAUUCUCUACGAAACCUGUUCUCACCACACCAACCACGAUGACAACGAAUAUUGCCUUGGUUCUGGUCAUUGGCUUUUGUUGGCUGGCCAUUUGCGUUGAUAUGGUGCCUCUGAGUGCAGCGCAGCAACAGCAGCAGCUGCAAUUACAAAUGCAACAACAGCAUCAACAAUCGCCACAUCAAAACAACUACAAACAACAGCUACAAUAUCAGAUGCAACAGAAGGACAAAUUCCAAUAUCAGCAGCAUAUGAAACAACAACAACAAUACUAUCAGCAACACUACCAACAACAGCAGCACUUGGAUAUACAAAAUCAGCAGCAGGUAAAACAUCAGCAGCAGUUACAUGAAAUACCCUCACCAACGGCCAUGGAUUUAAUAGCCGAUCAGCAACAACAACGAGAGCAGUUACAACAGCAAAAGCAACAGCAGUCGUACUUCUCAGUUCGACCCACACAGAUUCAACUUCUCCGCUGAUCAUUAUCCACGAAGUGGAAAGGUGAAAGAAGUUCACAAAAUGCCUUUCUGAUCUUGUUAAACCACCAUAUCUGCCAAGGACACAUUUGUCUCAAUUUCACAGUCCUCAUCGAUGUUGGUGGCAUACAAAUCAAAAAGAAACGUCCAUCUCUUGGAUUCCUCUGAAAAUGGCGUCCAACAUCAUGAAGGUCCCAAAUUCGUGAAUGAUGACUUUACAGAGAACGGGCGCUAAUCCGUUGACUAUAUUAGACUCCAUAAUGGUGUCAAACAUAUGCAUUUUAAGGAGGUUCACAUGACAUCGUAACGAGUAAGGUUGUUGACUGCCUUUUGGUUGUGAUCUUGGCUAUGAAGGAUGUCUUCUGUGGCUUUUCGUCCUAUGCUGCAAUGAGAGAGAAGAAAACCUUAUUUUA